UUUUUCAGUCGGUUAAUAAAAAGUCUCCCUCUUCACAAUUUUCUUUCUCUCUCUCUAAAUUCUCUAUCAAACCUUCACUACAAAAACCUAGAUUUUCAUAUUGUUAAGAUGGUAUCCAGAGCCAGUGAUUCUUCUGUGGAAUUGCUGACUUCUUGAUUGAUUUGGUUUGGUCCGCUGCUUCUGUUGCUGAGAAUUUCUCAGGAGAAAUCAAGUUUUGCGAGUUAGGUUUUUCUUUGGGGGAUUUCGUGCGCUCUUUUCUGAUGUGAUUUGGUGUCUUCGGUUUGUGAGUACUAUUCUUUUGCUUUUCUUCAUCGAUUGUUUGAUUUUUGUGUAGUUUGUGUUGAUUCUAUGAAGGCCUAUGCCAUAGAUUUUAAUAAAGGCCGAUGCCUUAAUUCUUGCAUAUUUCAAUUUUCUUUCAAAUUGAUAUAUUAUGAAAGAUCGAUGUCGUUUGUAAAUUGGUGAAAACCGAAGUCACUACCAAUUGAUUGUUCGGAGGCUUAUUGCCAAUCAGAAUAUCUCUGUUAUUACUGUGAUUUUAUUACUGAGAUUCUUUGAAAGAUAGGUUCAUCUACUAUUAAGAUUGAAAGUAUUCUAGGAAUGUUAACUAUUCAUCUUACUGAUAACAAUUACUCUAAAUGGGCUUUUCAAUUUAAGUCGGUGCUUAAGGGAUACAAGUUGUUUGAUCAUUUUGAUGGUACAUCUAUAUGUCCACCAAAAUUUGUUGUUAGUCCUGAGACUGGGGUUACUAAAGAACUUUCUUCUGAUUUUCAAGACUGGUAGACAAAUGAUUUAGCUCUUCUUAGCUUGUUAAUUGCUACUCUGUCGAAUGAUGCUAUAAACCAUGUUCUUGGAUGCAAAACUGCUCAUGAUACUUGGUCCAUUCUUGAGGAUAGAUAUGCUACUAUUUCAAAGUCCAGGAUUAACAUGCUUAAGACUGAAUUGCAGACAAUGCAGAAAGGGGUGAUAAUAUUGAUAAAUUUUUGUCUAAAUUGAAAUCUUUUUGUGAUCAAUUGAUUGUUGCUAGUGAAGUUGUAUCUGAUAAAAUUUGAUAAUUGCUACUUUUGAUGGUCUUCCUUGUGAAUAUGCUAUUAUUAGAAUAGUCAUUUUAGCUCAGUAGUCUUCUAUUUCUUUGAAGGAAUUUCAAGCCCAAUUGUUGAAUACAAAAGGGGAUAUUGAAUGUAUGGAGCAUACUUUGUUGACUUCUAUAGCUGCCAUGUAUGUUCAGGGUUCUAGUUCUCAGACUAAUAUUGAACUGGGUUCAUCAUCUAAUUCUCAUUUUGCUGAUGGUUUUUCAUCUGCCACUGUUGGAACUAUUCAACCUGGAUCUUUUUAUCCUGCUCCUAUUGUUCAUAAUCCACCUUCUUUACAUAUGCCUUCUGUGCAGCAACACCCAUUACUUAUGCUACCUCCAGUUCAGUUUUCUCCAUAUGGAUAUGGUUAUGGUUUUGUUGGUACUUCUGAGUUUGGUUUUUCUGCUGGUCCUAUUCCAUCCUCUUCUAAUAUGACUACCAUGAAUGCUCAUGUUGUUGCACCUUAUCCAAUUGGAGAUGCUUGGAUUGUGGAUACCGGUACCUCGCAUCAUAUGACUUCUGAUGUAUCUAAUCUCAGUCAGCCCACUCCUUUUGAUGGUUCAGAUCAAAUUAAAAUUGGAAAUGGUCAAGGACAAGGUAACAAAGGAGAUACUAUACAGAGGCAGGAGUAAGCCAAAUGAGCUAUUUUAGAUUCCUGUGCAGAGUGCAAAUUCUUCAGCUUUUCUUGGGCAAGUGAUCAAGUCUUCUGUGUGGCAUAAGCGGUUGGGACACCUCACUAAUGACGUCCUAUCAGUCAUGUUAAAUAAGUCUCAGCUUAGUUCUAUAGUUGAUAAAUGCAGUAUCUGUUCUGAUUGUAUAAAUGGCAAAAUGUCUGGGUUACCUUUUCCUACUGAGUCCAUUAGGUGUUUAGUACCUUUUGAAAGGAUCCAUAUUGAUAUUUGGAGUCCUUCACCAGUAACGUCUAUUGAAGGAUUUAGGUAUUAUGUAACCUUUGUGGAUGAUUGUACUAAGUUUGUAUGGAUUUUUCCAUUAUUCAAUAAAUCAGAUGUUUUUGCCA